AUGCCUUUCUUUUGCUUUUCGCUCAAUUCCUAUCUUGAUUUAUUAGUAUUGGCAGUAAACUGUGGACAGGAUAAAGAGGGUCGAUUUGAAAUAAACGCGGAGAAAGAUGUAGUUGAGCUUAUCGUCCAGUCUGUACCCAAAAAUACCAAAGAAAAAGCCAUGGGGGCGUUUCGUCUGUAUGAACGGUACGCGCUGUGGAAGGAAACAUCUAUUGUCGGAGAUAUACUGGAGGUGUAUUCAGACCGAGAUACAAUGCCAGAGGAAGAUGUAAAUGAAGUCCUCAGUCAAUUCAUUGGAGAAGUCCGAAAAGACGAUGGAGCUCGUUAUCCGGGAAAAACGUUGGGCGAAUUAUUUAGUAGCUUCCAAAAGUAUUUUGAAUUGAAGGGAAGGAAAGUUAACUGAAAAUGACCUGUGGGAAAGCAAUAUUUUGGGACGCAAUAACCCUGAAACUUUAUUAAGAACAAUUUUUAAUUUGAUCGGAUGAAAUUUCGGUAUGAGGGCGGGGGAUGAACACCGCAAAAUGAGUGCAAAGCUUUCCGUUUUACCCUGAUGCUGAGGGCACAGAAUAUUUACCUUAACCCGAAGGAGUAAGUAAAAAGAACCAGGGUGGGUUAAAACAUAGAAAAUUAUGCCCGAGAAGUUGUAAAGCGUAUGCUAACGUUGAAUGUCAUGAGAGAUGUGUUGUAAGAAUUGUCGAAACUUCUAUUGAGCGAUGCCCUAAGGGAUAUCUGGAUAAUGCUUUUUACUUGAAGCCAUUGCAAAAACAGGAAAGUAAGAAUUUUUGGUUUUCUACUGUCCCUUUGGGUCAUAAUAAACUCAACUGCAUGGUCAAAACGAUGAUGGCUUUAACUAGAAUGAAGGGAUAUUUCACCAAUCACUCUUUGCGA